AUGUCAAACAUACAACGAGAUCCAAAGCCAUACUUGAAAAAGAUAUUAUCGUCGUUAGAUAUACAGUAUCAGGGGCCAUCACAGCAAUUUCCAAAUGUUGAAUCAUACGCUACACAGUUUGGGAAACAACUCAAGCCGCAAUGUGCAAUUAUUAUGAAUGGGAAACCAUUGAUACCCACAAAUAAUGAUGCAAAAUUGGAAUUUCAAAAAAAAUGGUUGUUAUCGCCAUUGACGUUUCAUCAGUUGAAUAGUUUUGACAGCCAUUUAAUACCUGGCACAGGAACAUUUGUUAUAAAUGCCAGUGGUAAAGUAAAAUUUGAUGAAAGUGGUAGAAACAGGCUUGGGGAAACGUCCGAUUUGAUACAUCCUAUAAAUAAUGCCACUGUUAAAGGGAGACCUGUCUGGGGAUCAUGGUUUGGUUUUAACUUGAAUUUGAUAGUAGACGAAUCCAUUUUGAACAACCCCGAAAGUGAGGCGAUUAAUAGUUACAACUACAGAUUUACAUACAAACCUGAUGAUAGUGUGAUUCAAAUUUAA